AUGCAGACCUCGGGGAGCAAACCCUGCUCCUGCCCCAGCUUCAAGCUGCGGGAAAUGGCAUCCAUGUACUUCACCAUGAUCGCGGUGUUCCUGGUCAUCUUGGUGGUGGCUCUGCAGGGCUCAGUACCCCGUGGGAAUGCUUUUCCCUCCAAGGGGCCUCUCGAGCUUUCCUGGAAUGUCAGCUAUCCCGAGCAAGCUGUGCAUUUCCAGCUCCUCAUCAAGGACCUGCGGUUUGGGCUCCUCUUUGGGAUGUCAGACCGGGGCGAGUUCGAGAACGCAGACCUGGCUGUGCUCUGGAGUGAUGGGCACAACUCCUAUUUUGGGGAUGCCUGGAGUGAUGCCCAGGGGCAGCUCCACAUGGAUUCACAGCAGGACUAUCAGCUCCUUGGGGCUCGGAAGGCUCCUGAGGGGCUCUACCUCCUCUUCAGAAGAGCCUUCAGCACCUGUGACCCCAAGGACUACCUUAUUGAGGAUGGCACUGUCCACCUUAUCUACGGGAUCCUGGAGAAACCAGUGCAUUCCCUCCAAGCCAUCAACAUCUCUGCCAUCCACGGAGGACUGCAGAGGGUGCAGCUGCUAAAGCCCAACAUCACCAUUCCUCAACUGCCCAGCAACAUGAAGACCAUGGAGAUAACAGCUCCAGAUGUUGUCAUUCCCAGCCAGGAGACAACCUACUGGUGUUACAUGGCAGAGCUCCCAGAAGGCUUCCCCAAACACCACAUUAUCAUGUAUGAGCCAGUGAUCACAGCAGGCAACGAGGCUCUGGUCCACCACAUGGAAGUCUUCCAGUGUGCUGCUGAGUUCGACAGCUUCCCCCACUACAAUGGGCCCUGUGACUCCAAGAUGAAGCCAGACAGGCUCAACUACUGCAGGCAUGUGCUGGCAGCCUGGGCCAUGGGAGCACAGGCUUUCUACUACCCUGAAGAAGCAGGUCUUGCCUUUGGUGGCCCAGGCUCCUCCAGAUAUUUGCGCCUUGAGAUCCAUUACCACAAUCCCCUGGUGUUCAAAGGUCGCCGUGACUCCUCAGGGAUUCGCCUCUACUACACAGCCACACUGAGACGCUACGACGCUGGAAUCAUGGAGCUGGGCUUGGUCUACACACCAGUGAUGGCCAUUCCCCCAGGCGAGGAUGCUUUUGUCCUCACAGGCUAUUGCACUGACAAAUGCACCCAGCUGGCUCUGCCUGCUGCUGGCAUCCGCAUCUUCGCCUCCCAGCUCCACACUCACCUGGCAGGAAGAAAAGUAGUGACAGUGCUGUCCAGGGAUGGGAGAGAGAGGCAGGUCGUGAACUCUGACAGGCACUACAGCCCUCACUUCCAGGAGAUCCGCAUGCUGAAGGAGGUGGUUGCAGUUUUUCCAGGCGAUGAACUCAUCACCACCUGCACAUACAACACAGAGGACAGAAGCAGAGCCACUGUGGGAGGGUUUGGCAUCCUGGAAGAGAUGUGUGUGAACUACGUGCACUACUACCCCCAGACACAGCUGGAGCUGUGCAAAAGUGCUGUGGAUCCAGGUUACCUACACAGAUACUUCAACCUCGUGAACAGGUUUAACGACGAGGAGGUCUGCAUGUGCCCACAGGUCUCUGUCCCACAGCAGUUCUUCUCCAUCCCUUGGAACACGUUCAACAGGGAUGUGCUGAAAUCCCUCUACAGCUUUGCUCCCAUCUCCAUGCACUGCAACAAAUCCUCUGCCGUCCGGUUCCCGGGCGAGUGGGAGAAGCAGCCACUUCCCAUCAUCACCGAGAGGCUGCGAGCGCCUGUCCCUCACUGCACACCCACCCCAGGGCCUCAGCCUGCUACCCCUGUCCCCCUCAACCUGGGCAAGCUCAGGAGGGACUGA